AUGCCGGGCUUAAGUUCCGCCGCCGGUCUCAUCGGUCUUUUGGAUGAACCAGAUCAACAGCUUAGGUGUUACGCUUUGCAGAAGCUAGACGAGCUGGUGAAUCAAUUCUGGCCAGAAAUUGCAGAUAGUGUUUCGAAAAUUGAAGUCUUGUACGAAGAUGAGCAGUUUUCGGAACGCCAACUCGCCGCUCUUGUAGCUUCCAAGGUCUAUUACCACCUCGGCGAGUAUGACGAAUCUAUGAUCUUCGCACUCGGAGCUGGAGAGCUGUUUGAUAUCACCGCUAAAACAAAAUGCAUUGACAAGUACAUUUUGAUCAACUCCCACAACGAUUCCAUUCUUUCAUCUCCCCCUACCUUGCUACCAUCUUUGGUCGACGAUGCUUCCUUUCCUGCAACCAAUCCAGCUAAGAAGGAAACUCUUGAAACAGUUGACCCAAGGCUGCAAGACAUUGUAGAACGAAUGUUUCGAAAAUGCUAUGAGACAGAAGACUACAAACCAGCAAUAGGGAUUGCUAUUGAAGCUAGGCGACUAGAUGUCGUGGAAGAGGGCAUCAAAUUAGCAAGUCAACGAAGCAGAGAAAGGAAGGGCAAAGUUAAGGAAGUGGAAGAUGAGAAGGAUGGUGGCGUAGAAUUAAUGGAUUACGUACUAGACAUAACUAUGGGAGUUGUUCAGGAAAUUGGAUUAAGAGAAAAGCUUCUUCGCCUCUUGGUCAAUCUAUUUCUCGCCCAAGCUUCACCUGACUAUUUCUCGAUUAGCAAGUGUGUAAUUCAUCUUAACGACACAUCUCUUGCCGCAAAAAUUCUCCAGGAGCUUGUUCAAAAAGAGGACUCAAAAUCUCUUUUAGUAGCCUACCAAAUCGCCUUCGACUUAGAUUCUUCUGCUACCCAAGAGUUCCUCCAAAAGGUUGCGAGCGAACUCCCUGGAUCCGAUGUAGAUGAGUCUGAUGCAUUGAGCACUGCUGCAACAGCCGGCGGCGACACAAUGAUAACAGAUUCUACGGAGGACGACGAAAACACAAGAUUGCUUGGAGGUAGUGGAAGUUCAACUACCUCUACAUCUAAGACAGAUAAAUACUAUCGUUCAAUUCGCCAAAUCCUCCGUGGAACAAAGAGUAUCGAGCUUUCUUUGGAGUUCUUGUACCGAAACAACCACACGGAUAUGACAAUUCUCAACAAAAUUAAAGACUCGCUUGAAGCCCGGAACUCAAUUUUCCAUACUGCCGUGACCUUUUCGAAUGCGUUCAUGAAUGCUGGAACGACAAGUGAUGGGUUUUUCAGAGCAAAUCUGGAGUGGCUGAGCAAAGCAGUCAACUGGUCUAAAUUCACUGCGACUGCUGCUUUGGGAGUUAUCCAUCGUGGAAACCUCAGUCAGGGAAUGAAGCUGCUUGAACCGUAUCUUCCACAAGAAGGUGUCGCAACCGGAUCCCCAUACUCUCAGGGCGGUAGUCUGUACGGUUUGGGCUUAAUCUACGCCAACCAUGGAACGGAUGUGCUUGAGUUCUUAAGAAAACAAUUUAAGAAUGCCGGAGACGAGAUGGUACAGCAUGGUGGUGCUUUGGGGCUCGGUGUUGCUGGAAUGGCUACAGGGAAUCUUCACAUUUACGAAGAACUUAAGUCAGUUUUGUAUAGUGAUUCUGCGAUAGCCGGAGAGGCAGUCGGGUUGGCCAUGGGUUUGGUUAUGCUGGGGACGGGAAAUGCAACGGCGCUUGAGGAUAUGAUUCAAUAUUCACACGAAACACAGCACGAGAAGAUUAUCCGAGGGAUUGCGAUCGGGAUGGCCUUAAUAAUGUUUGGAAAACAGGAAGCUGCCGAUGACCUGAUCAAUACAUUGCUUGAUGACCCUGAUGCAACAUUGCGUUAUGGGGGUAUUAUGACUAUUGCACUGGCCUAUUGCGGUACCGGAAGCAACAAGGCAAUUCGACAACUCUUACACGUGGCUGUAAGCGACGUUAACGAUGACGUUAGGAGGGUUUCGGUUAUGAGUCUUGGGUUUAUACUCUUCCGGAAACCAAGUGCUGUGCCAAGAAUUGUCGAGCUGUUGAGUGAAAGUUACAAUCCGCACGUUAGAUACGGUGCAUCGCUCGCCUUGGGAAUUUCAUGUGCUGGCACCGGUCUUGACGAAGCCAUUGACCUCCUAGAACCAAUGAUCAAGGACCCCACCGAUUUUGUGCGACAGGGUGCGCUAAUUUCAAUGGCCAUGAUCCUUGUUCAGCAGAAUGAUCAAAUGAACCCGAAGGUCGCUUCUUUAAGGAAAACAUUCGAAAGUAUGGUUGCGGAGAAACAUGAGGAUGCUAUGGCCAAGUUUGGGGCUGCUCUUGCGUUAGGUAUCAUCGAUGCUGGUGGUCGUAAUGUUACUAUUGGACUUCAAACGCAGACCGGAAGUUUAAACCUCCCAGCUAUCGUGGGAAUGGCAGUGUUCACACAAUACUGGUACUGGUUCCCACUGACACAUUUCCUCAGCUUGAGCUUUGUUCCCACUGGGCUGAUCGGUUUGGAUGAAGAAUUAAAUAUUCCCGAUUUCAAGUUUUAUUGCAACACAAAGCCUUCCCUUUUCGACUACCCUCCAAAGAUUGAAGAGUCCGCGGAAAAAGUUCCCGAGAAGAUUGCUACAGCCGUUCUGUCCACAACAGUGAAGGCACGCCAACGGGCUAAACGCUCUGAGAAGGAGAAGGCUGCCAAAGCUGCUGCUAGAGGUGAAGACAUGAUGGAAACCGAACCUACAGUUUCUACACCUGUCACACCAGGACCAUCUGCUGUAGAAGGGGACGAUAAGAUGGAGAUCGAGGAUGAUGGCGCUGAUAAAAAGGAAGACGGAGAGAAGAAAGAUGGCGAAGUCGAGAAGAAGAAAAGGGCGGAGAAAGAGAAGGUUGGUUACGAGGUUGUAAACAUGGCUAGGGUAUUACCAGAACAGUUGAAGUACAUCAGUUUCCCAAAUGAGGGCAGGUAUGAACCAGUUAAAAAGCCUACUGGUGGAGUAUUAUUGCUGCUGGAUCGCACACCCGAUGAGCCUGUUCAGCCUCUAGAAUUGAAGGUUCGGAAAGCGCCUGUUACUUCUGGCCCUGGUCACUCUGUUGGUGGAUCUGCAAACCAAGACAAUACUGGGGGCGCAGCUGCUGCUGUGAAUAUUCUCAAUGCCGAGGAUGACGAAGGUGACGAUGACGCACCAGUGCCAGAGGAAUUUGAAUAUCACACGGACAGCGAAGAGUCAUAG